UCCGGGUUCCGAGUUCCGGGAGGCGGGCGAGCCGGAGCCGCCGGGGCGGCCGCGGAGCGAGGCCAUGGAGAAGCUGCGGCGGGUCCUGAGCGGCCAGGACGACGAGGAGCAGGGCCUGACCGCGCAGGUCCUGGACGCCUCGUCCCUUAGCUUCAACACCAGGCUGAAGUGGUUUGUGAUCUGCUUUGUGUCCGGCAUUUUCUUCUCCAUCCUUGGAACUGGAUUACUGUGGCUUCCCGGUGGCAUCAAGUUUUUUGCAGUGUUUUACACGCUUGGGAACAUCGCCGCGCUGGCCAGUACUUGCUUUCUGAUGGGGCCCAUGAAGCAGCUCAAGAAGAUGUUCGAAACCACGAGACUGCUGGCAACAGUUGUCAUGCUCUUGUGUUUCGUGCUUACGUUGUGCGCUGCUCUGUGGUGGCACAAGCGGGGGCUGGCCUUGCUCUUCUGCCUGCUGCAGUUCCUGUCCAUGACCUGGUAUAGCCUGUCGUACAUCCCGUACGCAAGGGAUGCGGUGAUUAAAUGCUGUUCUUCUCUCUUAAGUUGAAAGCGAGACAUCCUUUGCAGAGAGCACCGGAAGGCUGCUCUUGCGUUUCUGGUGAACACGCUUCUCCCGCAGCAGCCGUCAUCUCCGUGCAGCUGCCGUGACAGCUGGGACUGUGGCGUGCGCCACUGUCAGCGCUCGACUAAACCGUUAAACACUCGUAACGCAAAAGUCAUGACUCGUCAUUAAUGUGCUCUUCCCCCCGAUUAGGAGAUUUUAAUCCUUGCCGACUGUAGAUGAUUUUUCGCUAGUGUUUUACCCUUCGCUAAGCAGCAUUUGAGAUGUGAAUAUUUAAGGGAAAGCUGUCGCAAGCUCUUCUACAAACGUCUGUGUUUUUACAAUCUUUUUUUUUUUAAAAAACACCUUAAAUGUGAAAGUUUUUACUUUAAGCUCAAAAUUGCUUAUUGUAUAAUAAAAUAAUAUAUAAACCUUUACAGUUUUGAAAUAAACUCACCCUUGGAAAAAA